AUGUGCAUGAACGGCGGUUCGUCCCCCUCCCCCUCCUCCUCCUCCUCCAUCUCCUUCUUCUUCUUCUUCUUCUUCUUCUUCUUCUUCUUCUUCUCCUCCUCUUCUCUCUCCUCCUCUUCCCUCCACCACCGCUACGGUCACCCCCUUAACCGUGAACUACUUGAUCUGCAGCAAAAGAUGCUAGGCCUCACACAACUGUAA